AUGUGGAGGAGAAAGUUGCUGCGCUUUGUGGUCGCAGCUUGCCUUGUGUCCAGCUUCACGGUCUUCCUAUGGCCUAAGAUCGAACACCCCCAUGAGAUCACGACGCAAACUAUCUCAAAUAUUACCGUUACCUCCGAAGUUGAAUGCGAACCCGAUUUCGACGCCCUCCAACGCCUCGACGUCCGCAAGGUUUCUCAAUAUGUGCGCCGUGAAAUCGUGGUUUCGCCUUCUGCGAGUGACGCUGUCCCAAUCGCACAGCGACUGGAAGUGCCUUUAUUUGAGAAGAUUCACAAAGACCAUCGGUUUGCGGAGGACAGCCAGCACCAGGAUGACUGCUUGAUGCCUCGUCCGGUUUCUGUCACUGUACCUCCAAUCUUACCAAGAGCGGACGCAUCCCACAUCGACUUCGGCGUCGCCACAACGCUGGAGCGCCUGAACGAGUCAUUAGAUGCAUUCACUCACUGGGCUGGACAUACGAACACCCGCAUCUUGGCACUUAUUGAGCCGGAUGCCCGAAUCAAUGAAGUCCUGACUAAGGCUGAGCACCUAGGCGUCAAUCUCUCGGUGACAGAGUCGAGCGAAGAAUAUCAGCACCGCUACUUCUCGUUGGUGCCACAUUUGGCCAAGAAUUUGCGGCCGCAGACGAAGUGGACCUGCGUCAUUGAUGACGAUACCUUCUUCCCCUCAAUGACGGCGCUGGUACAUGCUCUUGCGAAAUAUGAUGAUACAGUACAAACAUACGUUGGAGGGCUAUCGGAAGCGAUGCCCCAAGUUGGGAUCUUUGGUCUAAUGGGCUUCGGAGGCGCUGGCGUCUUCAUGUCUAGACCUCUGAUUGAGCAGAUAGGCCGCAAAGAAGUCUACGAAGAUUGCCAAAAAAUGGAAUCCACCGGUGAUCGCAAGAUCUCUCUCUGCAUCUACCAAUAUUCAGAUGCCCAUUUGACCAUUGACCACCGCCUGCGUCAGAUUGACAUGAGGGGAGAUGUAUCUGGUUUCUUUGAGGCGGCUCGGCCCCCGCCGCUUUCCGUUCAUCACUGGAAGUCAUGGUUCAAUGCUGACAUGGCCAAGCUCGGCGUUGUCAGCGAGGUCUGCGGCGAUUCUUGUCUGUUGCGGAAAUGGCACUUCGGCGACGGCUGGGUCCUCACCAACGGCUUCUCCAUCGUCAAGUACAGCAAUGACAUCCCCACAAAUGACAAGUCGAUGGAGAUAACGUGGUCAGGCGACAAUGGUGCAGUCUUCGAGUCGUUCUUGCACGAACUCGGCCCACUCCGACCGAGGGACGAAGGCAAAAUCAGCUACAUCCACGAGGAUGCCAUCAUCGACGGCAACCAGAUUCGACAAUGGUACAUUCGUCGGGACCCUGAGCUCGGCGACAAGGUCCUGGAGUUGAUUUGGCGCAAGGAGUAG